AUGUCUACCUACGCAGGAACACCCAAAGCUACGCCAACCAAACCAGCCACUGCGAACAGCAGCCCAGCCCCGCCGAACUUCUUCAAUACCGCGUCUGACACCCCAUUUACCUGGAACCAGAGUGGAAAGAAUACUGCGCCAGUGCCUCUCACCAGUGGCACUGCUAAGACUCCCGCCGCGGCUACGGGGUCAAGUGCGCCGGGGGCGACAACGGACGUGAACGCGAAACAGAGCGCGAGCUCAGCUACGCAACCGUUCAAGUUUAAUAUCCUCACUUCGCCCAGGGUCACCAUGUCCGCUCCUUCUCCUUCUGUCAGCAGCACCCCAGUCGCACUCACCAAAGUCCCUACUAUGCCACCCGUAAGAAAGCAUGACACUUACUACUUCGCGGAUGGAUCCGUCAUUAUUCAAGUUGGCGAGGUGCUAUUCAACCUCCACCAGUCGAUCUUGACGCUUCACUCGAAGCAGAAAUUCGUCGAGCUCGGGUUAGCGUUUCGCACCUACAGCGCGCCUCUCGUCCUCAAAGGCGUCAACCUGAAGGACUUCGAGUGCCUCUUGGGUGUUCUCUACCCGCAGAAUCUCGGCAUCGAGGAAGAAACACGCACCGUCGAGCAGUGGGUAUCCAUCAUGAAGCAGGCGCAUAUGUGGGACAUCGAGCCCCUCAAGCAGCGCGCCGCGAAGCACUUGAGCACCAUGACGAUGCCCCCCGCCGAGCGCGUCAACCUCUACCAGAACUGCGCGAUGGGCACCUCCCCGGACCUCCUCCCCGCCCUGCUGGCGCUCAGCCAACAGGAGGCGCCGGUCGGACUCGAGGACGCGAGGCUGCUUGGGCUGGAGACGUUCACGAAGCUCGUGCGCAUUCGGGAGAGGCGGCUCAUGGACGUCGCGCGGGGUGUUGAGGCGGGGAGCACGAAGACUUUACUGCGCGGCCUUAUACAGGAGGAUAUCCUUGGCCUGUGCGCAGACAAACCCGUUGCGCAGACUGCUUUGGAGGUACGGGGGUCACCGAACAACGAGAGUUCACCAAAUCCGAACACGUAUUCGUUACCUGCAUUAUCCUUACUGCCAUCUCCGCCUUCACGUACACCUUCUACGUCGUCCUCUACUUCUUCGAGUCGCUCAUCCGUAGAUGGACUUGACGACGCAGUCAAAGUCGAGAAGCCCGCCAGGGAUGACGCGGACGAUUCAGGCGACUCCUACGCCUCCGACGCCUCCGACGCGUCGGAUGAAGAUUAA